AAUCAUUCUAGCUCCAUAAAACGUUACAGUAUCGACUUGGAGGCCUUUAUGACUCCGACCGAGGCGAAGACAUUCUCCAGCAAGUUUUUUUUGACAGCAUUACCAUAAUCUGCAGUCUCACAGCAGCGCACAAUCUGACACGAUGAGCAAUCAUGACAAUGCCGCACGCUCACAUUGGUCUGCUAAGCGCCAUGUCCCAUCAUGAUAUUGAUGUUACGUCACAUCCAGAAUUUGGGACCAUUCUCCUCACCCCUGUCCUGUCUCUCCUCUGUCUAUCCAUGGAACCACUAUUAGGCGACUCUUUAGGGGCGGUGUUUGUUGGAAACAUUAUCGCGGCAGUUAUAUACGGCAUUACCAACGUGCAGGCAUACAUCUACUACAAGCAGAGCACACACGACCCGAUUUACCUGAAGUGCUUGGUAUUCUUUCUGUGGUCGAUCGAUGGUCUUCACCUAAUAGUCAUCACACAUCUUGUCUAUACGUACGCCGUGCGGGAUUUUGGCAACAUAUUCGCGCUGUUAAAACCGACUUGCAUACUUGGACAUACCAGGAGCGCGGUGACUCAGGUUCUGGUUACCGCGAUAAGCGAUGGACUCAUCAGAGGUUUCUUCGGCCACCGUGUCUGGAAACUUCGCGUGAAAAACGUGCUUGGCGUUGUCGUCGUGACCGGUAUAGUUGUGAGCUCCGUGCUUGCGUUCGUUGCUGCAGUCAUCCUAGGAGCGAAAAUGUAUCGCGCAUCUACAUACGGAGAACUCUACGAUAUCUCUUGGGUCAUCUACGUGGGCUUGGCAGCCUGCGUGGUUGCAGACGUCCUCAUCGCUGCGUCACAAUGCUUUCUUCUGCGUGCCCGUCGCACCAGCGUAGCGAGGAGCCGGUCGGUCGUUCGGGUCCUAAUGUUGUAUAGUAUCAAUACCGGCUCACUGACGAGUCUGUGCGAGCUUGCCUGCCUGAUCACGUACGCCGUGAUGCCAGACAACUUCAUCUACAUGGGCAUCUACUUUACGCUCACCAAAUUCUUCUUCAACUCCCUGCUCGCGACGUUGAAUGCGCGGGAAGGCCUUCGGCGGAAGAUCGGCGGCGGGCUCGUUGCCAUUCCGCUUGUGCAGAGCCCCGGGUCGUCCGCGCAACAGAGUAGCGGUCAGACGCAUGGAAUACAGGUGCACACGACGGUGGAGGUGAAGGCAGAUGGGUGUAGCCGGGAAAGCCUGCCGUGGAAGGCGCCAAUUGCCACUGAUGAUCCGUUGGGCCCUUAGCACGGUCGAUUAGGAAGAUGGGCUACUAAAGCUUCUUUUCCUCCGCGAGCGAAUGCCGCGUGUGUGAAAGCUGCUAGGCGCGCGCUGCAGCCGGAGGCAAUACAGUCAGUGCAUGGGGUGAAUCAAAUCUCUGAUGCAAAAACAUAUUUAUCGUGACCUGUAAUUGUUCGAGAUGCUGUUGAUUCACGGUGUACGGAAAAUGCAUUGAAGGUAUCCAG